AUGAACGCGCGGGCUUUUCUUCUUUCCAAACAUUUUGCUACAACACACUUUCAGCAAGGAAUAGACUGGGAAAGUCGGCCUGUGACCCGGAAAAUGUGGCGCGAAAAGAGGUUAGCAAGCUAUUUAUUAUUUGCCGGAUUGGGAUUGUGGUUGGAAAAAAAAAACGAAAAGCCGGAUAUAAAGAAAAUAUCCAGUGAUCAACAGUAUUAUUCGUUCAAAUACGCCAAAUUAAACGAACGCUGUAAUAUUGGCCAUUUUCAACUGCGCAAUUUACUUUGGGCAACAAGUAAAAAUAACGUAUAUUACAUGUAUGAAGAUAGUGUUCGGCAAUGGUCUCCUCAACUCUGUAGUAGUCGCGAAAUAUUAAAUGUACGGACAGCCAACGCUCCACAGAGUCGCAUUUUCACUAUUAGCAGCAUGGCGUGCGCUGAAAACAUAUUGUUUACUGGUGGAUCUAAGGGUGAAUUUGCAUGUCGAAGGCUGGAUGAUAUGACCGCCCCGGUCCACUAUGGUAUCACUACCGAGCAUAUUAAUGGGAUUUCAAACCACAUCCAUAUCACUGAGAGUCUAAUUGGAGGAAUUAAAGCGAUUGUAUCAAGCAAUGAUAUGAAGACACGCUUUAUAAACAUGGAUACGCUGGCAAUAGAAAACACAAUUUCGUUUCCGUUCCCGGUUAACUGUUCGUCUCUAUGUCCCGACAAACGUAUCAUGUGCGUCGUCGGAGACGCUACCGAAACAAUGAUUGUUGACUCUACUACUGGAGCAGGCAUCCACUCAGUUGAUGAACACAGCGACUUUUCAUUUGCUUGUUGUUGGAGUCCAAAUGGUAUAAUGUUUGCCACCGGGAACCAGGACAAGACAACGAGAAUAUACGACAUUCGAUAUCCAUCGCAUGCACUACAUGUACUUGGAGGAAAAGCUGGUGCUAUUCGCUCUCUACAGUUCUCUAAUGACGGCAGAUUCCUUGUUGCAGCAGAGCCUAUUGAUUUUGUCCACAUUUACGACACAAAGCUAUUUGAAAAUAGUCAAGUUAUUGACAUGUUUGGUGAAAUUACGGGUGUCGGUAAGUGGUAG